CACAGAUCCAAAAUAGGUAACUUGUAUGCAUGAGCAGGUACCUGUUGUUGUCUGUACAGAAAUCAGCCUCUGGAGGAAGGUCACGCACAUACCCACCAACCGAACCCCGAGAUAGACCCGAAGCAUGCAACUCAAACCUCGACGAGAACACCAAGUCCAAUCGCAUGCAUCUAACAGACACUUUUAUCACCCAUAAACGUCCCCACACGCUCCACUUCACAUACCCGGAGAGUCACCCAUUAGGACCAAACGACCACAUCACUCUCCCCAGAGAAGCAUGGCGUUCCUGGGUUAAGGGCUUUGUGAAGCCAGGGGGGACGGAGGACAGAGGCCAUCCAGCUCUGGUUACACUACAGCCCCUGAUGCGUAAAGUUGGCCAUGGUUACCCACCAGCUUCCCCCCCCCAGAUCAGCAGAGGAACAGGUGUUAUUUAAAGCCUCUGGUCUGGCCCACAGUCCCCUCUCCUCUCCUCGCUGACACCACCGACCGCCAGUCUUCUCGCUCACAACCGACCAGCACUCGCACUCGGUUUCGGCGCGUCCUUCCACAGCUCACGGCCUCCCUGUCUGUCUGUCUGACCGCCGUUCACACGAUCAAGUCGUCCAGCACGGGGGGUCGUGUGGAGACUCUUUGCGAUUGCCAUCAUCACCAGAGCCAUCAUCACCAUCCCCCUUCAAAACAACCUCCACCGCCAUCUCUACCACUAGCACCACCAGCUCCACCGCAGGUGGUGGGACUCCCACCAUCACCCACUCUGACCCAUCUGCGCACUUAAGGCCACGCCGGCAUGUUUGCGACCGCCAGGAGCGUGGACAUGCGGGGGGGCGGCCACAGCCGCCGCCUCAGCCGUCAAAUGAGCGUCACCCCUGUGGAAAACUCCCAGAUGGCCAAGCCCGGCGGCGGUGGCGGACCCCCGGGGGCGCGGGACAGCGUCAGCGGUACGGCGAUACGGCGAAGCAGCAGCGUCAGCAGCGCCGGCGGUGCCGGCGGCAACCGAAUGCUGUCGCUGUCGUCCAUGAGCGAGAGCGUGCGCAGCGGGCUGAGCUGCUUCCUGUCGGAGCAGGCCCUGGAGCAGGAGGAGCGGCAGCAGCGCAGCAGCCAGUUGGCCGAGCUCCAGCGGCUGAGGGAGGUGCGCGCUGCCGCGCAGCUCAAGAACCUGGAGGACUUCCUCAAGAUGAACCACGUGUCUUUGCGCGAGUGUGUGUCCUACACCACCACCAUGAGGUACAGAAAUCUUGGGAAAUCUGGAUUACGGGUCUCCUGUCUUGGAUUAGGGACGUGGGUGACAUUUGGGGGCCAGAUAUCAGAUGAGAUGGCGGAGGAGCUGCUGACGCUGGCCUAUGACAACGGCAUCAACCUGUUCGACACCGCAGAGGUUUACGCUGCCGGGAAGGCUGAGCUUGUCUUGGGAAGGAUUAUCAAAAAGAAGGGAUGGAGGCGCUCCAGUUUAGUCAUCACAACCAAGAUUUUCUGGGGUGGAAAGGCGGAAACAGAAAGAGGCUUGUCUAGGAAACACAUCAUUGAAGGUCUGAGGGCGUCCCUAGAAAGACUUCAGCUGGAGUAUGUGGACGUGGUCUUUGCCAACCGGCCGGAUCCCAACACACCAAUGGAAGGAGAUCCAUUUCACACACCUAGGUCCAGAAAGUUCGUCAUAGAAGAGACGGUGAGGGCCAUGACCCAUGUGAUCAACCAGGGGAUGGCGAUGUACUGGGGCACGUCGCGCUGGAGCGCAAUGGAGAUCAUGGAGGCGUACUCUGUGGCGCGGCAGUUCAACCUGAUCCCGCCCAUCUGUGAGCAGGCUGAGUACCACAUGUUCCAGAGGGAGAAGGUGGAGGUGCAGCUGCCAGAGCUCUAUCACAAGAUAGGGGUGGGAGCCAUGACGUGGUCUCCCCUGGCAUGUGGAAUCAUCUCUGGGAAGUACACCAGCGGUGUGCCCGCCUUCUCCCGGGCAUCCCUCAAGGGUUACCAGUGGAUGAAGGACAAGAUUCUGAGUGAAGAGGGCCGUCGGCAGCAGGGCAAGCUGAAGGAACUGCUGGCCAUCGCUGAGCGCCUGGGAUGUACCCUUCCCCAGCUCGCUAUCGCCUGGUGCCUGAGGAACGAUGGGGUCAGUUCUGUCCUUCUGGGGGCCUCCAGUGCUGACCAACUUCUGGAGAACAUUGGAGCCAUACAGAUUCUUCCGAAGCUCACCUCGUCCAUCGUGCACGAUGUGGAUGGUAUUCUGGGGAACAAGCCCUACAGUAAAAAGGACUACAGGUCCUAGACCGGACCGACCCGAUACCAUCCAACCCCCCCCCCCCCCCCAACAGGGUCAUAACGAUGUAGGACCACCAAACGUAGGAGAACCGUCGGCUCAGCAUCCAAUAUAGGCAUAACAUUUUAUCAUCGAGACACACACGCUACGCAACGUGUGUAUUUCUGCUUCUGUGCUUCUUUUGAUUUUUUCAUAUUUAACACAAGAGCUCUAGUCUAGAGUAUGCGUUGGGCAUUUCCAGUUAAAGCCAGAUCCCCUGGCAUAGAAAGGAAGAAAGAGUUGAAUAAUCAGGGAAAGCUGUGAAACACGUUCCCUGCAUUUCCUCCGAUUAACAAUUCCUGAAGCACUUCAGAAAUAACCACUUUCUUUCACAUGGAAGGUUAGUGGUGCUCAGUAAGAAGGCAAUAUACAGGCAGCCAAUAUACAUCCAAGUAUAAACCCCUCUUUGCUAAAUGUUUUAUUGUGCAAAUAACCCCAACAUACAGGCCUACCAUCCUUAUUCUAGGUAUUGUACUUCCAAAACAGGCUGUGGUGCUUUUGAGCUUCACAUCAGGGCUGUUCCGUUUAACAAUGCCAGCAACAGCGACGCACACUUCCUGUUACUGUAUUUAUACUUGCUUUACGCUAGUCAUAAGAUCAAACCUUGGCCUUUCUAGUUGCAAUAUCUGCCGGCCCCUGUAUAUUUACGGCGGUACAUCUGCUUCUCCCAGCCCGCCACGGCCGGGCUAAAAGCCGUCACAGGCCACUUUACAAAGACGCUAGCCUCCGCUUCGCUAGCUCUUGUCGCUUCGAAUAACAGCUAUGGGGGAGGCUAAGUGCUUUUUUAACUUUUAUAUCCUUUUCUUUGUGAGACCGUUUCAACAAAGCGGAGCACUAGCGAACUGUUGCAACGUGUUACGGACAGGCGCAGUGAACGGGGUGGUAGACCAGUCUGAAGUAGACCAGCCCUUAAAGGCUUACACAUUGGCCUGAGUAACAAAAAAUAUAUAGACCAGGACUUGGAACCCGCUUCUUCUUUCUAAGUGUUGAUCAACCCCUGUCACUUAAGAUAAGAUAGUAUAUUGAUCCCAGUACGGGGAAAUCUGGCACCCCCUAACAAAAGGAUUUUGAAGUCCACCUUUUUGUCUUUUCAUUAAAAAUAAGUCAAUUAUUCAAUAUUCAAUCAUUUAAGCAUGCAUAGCAAAUGCUGUCUCAACAGUGGGCUAUUAGUACUGUCUCAGAAUGUGUGUAGGGUGUGUACAUGUGUUUAACCUUCGUUUCAUAUGGUGACAUGAGGUCACAUACAAAUGCCAAUGAAAGCACAAUUAAUCCCUUAAUAGUCCACCACAAAUACACGCCUGCUGACAUGCGCAUGGAAUAACACACUCUGUUGAGUUUUCUGUAUGGAGGAACUGCCAAGAGAUGAUUCACAAGACCUUCUCGAACUGUUGUGAGCGAUAGAAGCAGUGAGGAUCACGUAAUGAUAGAGAUGAUGAUGUUGUGGCAGGACAGACAAGUCUUUUUGCCCAUUGGAAAUGUGGAAAAAAUACAGUGGAUUCAUCUUCUCUUGACACGAUGGUUACCUGCAUUCUAGAAGAA